AUGAGUCAAAGUCCCUCCAAAGUACCUUCUACCGACCCGCGCAUCUCUCCUCCCCUCAAUCCCAAACCUCGCUCAGCUAUACCGCCAUAUUUAUUGAAUGGAGGAUCCCCACUUCACAACAACGCAUCGACCAAGACGCGGGCCCAAGAACGAGAAAACCUAGCCUCUUCAAUCAAGAGCACAUACGAGCCCAAGAAAGCGAUAGAUCUCAGUGGAGAUUCUUCGAGUCCCCUGCAAAACACAUCGUGGGAAGGACUCAGCGGUGGCCCCGAUGGAUUGGGAUCCUCGAGCAGCGGCAACACCGCCGAUUCUAAACGAGGACCGGUGCGGCUGCGCGAGCCAGCACGAGACGAAAGAGAUGAAGCACCCAUGACUCCACCGGCCAGCGUAUCUCGACCCGCGAGCCCAUAUACAUUAAACCCACCGAUCGACUUUGACGGCCUGAGUUGGCCGUGUAUCGGCACACGCGAGCGACGGGAACAGACGCCCGAACAAGCACAGGCGCGACUAGACAAGCUCGCGGGGGCGGUGCGGACCAUCUUUGAAUGUAUCGGUGAAGAUCCCGAACGGGAAGGAUUGCGCGAGACUCCUGAACGGUACGCCAAAGCGCUGAUGUAUUUCACCAAAGGAUACGAGGAGAAUGUUCGGGACAUGGUCAAUGGAGCCGUGUUUCAUGAAGACCAUGACGAGUUGGUCAUUGUUAAAGAUAUCGAGGUGUUCAGUCUGUGCGAACAUCACAUGGUGCCUUUUAUUGGCAAGAUGCAUAUCGGAUAUAUUCCCAACCGUCGUGUCUUGGGACUCAGCAAACUCGCUAGAUUGGCUGAGAUGUUUUCGAGGCGAUUACAGGUCCAGGAACGUUUGACGAAGCAGGUCGCUCUGGCUAUUGCCGAAGUGCUCAAACCUCAGGGCGUCGCUGUUGUUAUGGAGAGUUCUCAUCUUUGCAUGGUCAUGAGAGGCGUCCAGAAGACUGCUAGCAGUACUACUACCAGCUGCAUGCUGGGUGCUAUGAGGACCAGUGCGAAGACCAGAGAGGAGUUUUUGAGCCUUUUGAAUCGGAAGUGA